AUGGAGAACAUGAUGCAGGGCAAUAAGAUCAGACGAGUUGCAGCUACUCGCAUGAAUGAGAGGUCAUCUCGAUCACACACGAUUUUCCGGAUUAUUCUGGAGUCGAAAGAUGCCAAUCAGAAAGAUGGACCUGUACAUAUAAGCUACCUUAACUUAAUGGACUUAGCUGGUUCUGAGAGAGUUUCUCUGACGAAAGCUGCUGGUGAGCGUCUUAAAGAGGGGGCUAACAUAAACAAAUCUUUGUCAGUAUUAGGAAAUGUGAUAAGGCAACUAAGCGAGGGGAAGGAGUUUAUCAGUUAUCGCGAUUCGAAAUUGACUAGACUGCUCUCACAGGCUCUUGGCGGUAAUGCCAAAUCAUUGAUUAUCGGGAAUAUCAGACCAAUGAUCCACCGCGAAGUAGCCGAUGGUCUAGAGCGUCUUUGGAACGUAAGAGUAAACUGCAUAUGGGAAGCCGAUGAAAGUAGUCGCCAUGGAGAGGUUUAUAUAUUCGACCAUGUAUUUAAGCAGGAAUGUACAAAUUCAGAUGUAUAUGGAUCUGUAGUAAAACCUUUAGUCGAUUCCUUCAUGGAAGGUUUCAAUGCCACAAUAUUUGCAUAUGGCCAAACAUCUUCUGGCAAAACACACACCAUUUUGGGCAAUAAAACAGAUCCUGGGCUUUUCCAAUUAGUAUCCAAUCAGUUAUUCCAGCAUGUGGCAGACCAGGUUGAUAAGAGGUACUUGAUUAGAUGCAGUUAUAUUGAAAUCUACAAUGAAAAGAUCAAUGACCUCCUGGAUAAGAGCAAUCAGGGUUUAACUAUAAGAGAAGAUAUCAAAGGAAAUGUGCUGCUUGAUGCAAGGGAAGCUGUCGUAGACAAUGUUGAUAAAGUUAUGGAGAACAUGAUGCAGGGCAAUAAGAUCAGACGAGUUGCAGCUACUCGCAUGAAUGAGAGGUCAUCUCGAUCACACACGAUUUUCCGGAUUAUUCUGGAGUCGAAAGAUGCCAAUCAGAAAGAUGGACCUGUACAUAUAAGCUACCUUAACUUAAUGGACUUAGCUGGUUCUGAGAGAGUUUCUCUGACGAAAGCUGCUGGUGAGCGUCUUAAAGAGGGGGCUAACAUAAACAAAUCUUUGUCAGUAUUAGGAAAUGUGAUAAGGCAACUAAGCGAGGGGAAGGAGUUUAUCAGUUAUCGCGAUUCGAAAUUGACUAGACUGCUCUCACAGGCUCUUGGCGGUAAUGCCAAAUCAUUGAUUAUCGGGAAUAUCAGACCAAUGAUCCACCGCGAAGUAGCCGAUGGUCUAGAGCGUCUUUGGAACGUAAGAGUAAACUGCAUAUGGGAAGCCGAUGAAAGUAGUCGCCAUGGAGAGGUUUAUAUAUUCGACCAUGUAUUUAAUCAGGAAUGUACAAAUUCAGAUGUAUAUGGAUCUGUAGUAAAACCUUUAGUCGAUUCCUUCAUGGAAGGUUUCAAUGCCACAAUAUUUGCAUAUGGCCAAACAUCUUCUGGCAAAACACACACCAUUUUGGGCAAUAAAACAGAUCCUGGGCUUUUCCAAUUAGUAUCCAAUCAGUUAUUCCAGCAUGUGGCAGACCAGGUUGAUAAGAGGUACUUGAUUAGAUGCAGUUAUAUUGAAAUCUACAAUGAAAAGAUCAAUGACCUCCUGGAUAAGAGCAAUCAGGGUUUAACUAUGAGAAGAUAUCAAAGGAAAUGUGCUGCUUGA